GAGCUUUUUGAGGCCGAACCCCCUCCAGAACUCGUUAGCUGGCUUUUACCGGUGAAACCUUCCACUCACUGCUGUCGACAUGGAGAGUCUGCUCCGCGCUGUGGCCGUGCUGACCGUGUUGUUCGUGGGGUUGUUCCAGCACGGAGCUGUUGUGGACGGCCGGUCGUACACAUCUGUGCUGACUGUGACAAACGGACAGCAGUAUGGAACAUGGAGGUGGCCCGUGAUGUGUCCUGACCAGUACUUUGCUGUUGGCUUCAGUAUCAGGGUGGAGGACUACCAACAAUACCCUGAGGACAACACGGCCAUGAACGGCAUCCGCCUCAUCUGCCGCAAAGACGGGGACCGGAGCUUAACUUACUCUAUGUAUUCUCACGGUGGUUUCUGGGGCGACUGGUCCAGCUCUCAGUACUGCCCCCGUGGCGUGCUCACCUCUUUCCAGCUCCGCGUGGAGGCCUAUCAGGGCUGGUUCCAUGACGACACCGCCGUCAACAACAUCAGGUUCCGCUGCAGCAAUGGCCACGUGCUGCAGGGCACCGGCAUGAACUGGGGGGAGUACGGCUACUGGAGCCAGGAUUGUGGCAAGGGAGGAAUCUGCGGCAUCGAGACCAGGAUGGUGGAAAACGGGGGUUAUGAUGAAUCCAGCCUCAACGACGUGCGCUUCCGUUGCUGUUACAGAGCCAGCAGUGAUUGACAGGUGAGCAGCUUGGUCCGCCCCUCCUCCGUCACCCUGAAUUAAACAAUGACAAAUAAUAAAGGGCUCAUUUGAA